CCCCCCACUUCCUAUGUGGAUCCGGCGCUGCUGGACUCAGGCUUCCGGGUUCACUGACUGACAGCGGCGGAGCGGAGUCGAAGCGGUCCGGGAGGUUAGGUGCCUAAACGGGUGGAGAUAGCGGGUCGAAACGGAGACCCGGAGCGGGCUGAGGGACCUGAGGACCUGAGCUCCGCUGGUCUGUCAGCGGAGGCUCCAUGCGGCUCUCUCCUCCUCCUCCACGCUGAGCUGAGCGGAUCCGUUGCUGCUGGAAGAUGUCGGAGAGCGUCGCCAUGGACGAACCGAAGCUGAACGGAGCCUCCAAACAGCAGUCGCUGCACGGCGCCACCGUCAGUUUCCACAACAUCCACUACGCGGUGCGGCAGGGCGGCGGCUGCCUGCGCCGCGGGGCGACCACCAAGGACAUCCUCAUCGACCUCAACGGUGUCAUGAAACCCGGGCUCAACGCCAUCAUGGGAGCCACAGGAAGCGGCAAGUCAUCGUUCCUGGACGUCCUGGCGGCGAGGAAGGACCCGGCCGGCCUGUCGGGGGAGGUGCUGAUCGACGGGGCUCCUCAGCCGCCAAACUUCAAGUGUCUGUCCGGAUACGUGGUGCAGGAUGAUGUGGUGAUGGGCACUCUGACGGUGAGGGAGAACUUCAGCUUCUCUGCGGCGCUGCGUCUCCCCUCCUCCAUCUCCCAGAAGGAGAAGGAGGAGAAAGUCAACAGGCUGAUCCAGGAGCUGGGCCUCACCAAGGUGGCCGACUCCAAGGUGGGCACUCAGCUGAUCCGUGGGAUCUCCGGAGGCGAGCGGAAGAGGACCAACAUCGGCAUGGAGCUCAUCAUCGACCCGUCUGUCCUCUUCCUGGACGAGCCGACGACCGGCCUCGACGCCAGCACAGCCAACUCUGUGCUGCUGCUGCUCAAGAGGAUGGCGAGCCACGGCCGCACCAUCAUCCUGUCCAUCCACCAGCCGCGCUACGCCAUCUACCGCCUGUUCGACAGCCUCACCCUGCUGGUCAACGGCAAACAGGUUUACCACGGCCCGGCACAGACCGCUCUGGACUACUUCGCCGACAUAGGAUACACCUGUGAGCCUCACAACAACCCCGCCGACUUCUUCCUGGACGUCAUCAACGGAGACUCGACCGCCGUGGCCUUCAGCAGCGCAGACAAGGAUGAUCCAGAUGCAGACGCCGUGUCCACCUCCAGACGGGGGAUUGAGGAUAAUCUGGUGCAGGAGUACAGAAGCUCCAGCCACUACAAGCAGACCAAGGCAGAGCUGGAGAGGAUCGUCAUGGGCAAGGAGACGUCGAGCCGUCCUCCGUCCAGAACCAUCACCUACAACACCGGCUUCUUCACCCAGUUCCGCUGGGUUCUCAAGAGAACCUUCCGCAACCUCAUGCUCAACCCGCAGACCUCCAUCGCUCAGGUGGCGGUGACGCUGUUCCUCGCUCUCGUGGUUGGAGCCAUUUUCUUUGACGUCCAAGAUGACAGGAGCGGACUGCAGAACAGGUUCGGCGCUCUCUUCUUCAUCACCGUCAACCAGUGUUUCAGCUCCGUGUCGUCCGCCGAACUCUUCAUCACAGAGAGGAAGCUCUUCAUCCAUGAGUACAUCAGCGGUUACUACCGGGUGUCUGUCUACUUCCUGACGAAGAUCCUGUCUGACAUCAUCACCCUGAGGACGAUCCCCGCCAUCAUCUUCAGCUGCGUGGCGUACUUCAUGAUCGGGUUCAAAGCCACGGUCGAUGCUUUCUUCACCUUCAUGGUCAGCGUGGCUCUGGUGGCGUACACCGCCACCUCCAUGACCAUGGCCAUCUCAGCCGACCAGAGCGUGGUGGCCAUCGCCAACAUCUUCAUGACCAUCACCUUCGUCUUCAUGAUGAUCUUUGCAGGCUUGCUGGUGAAUCUUCCCUCCAUUGCCAGCUGGCUGGCUUGGCUCAAGUACUUCAGUAUUCCACGAUACGGGCUCGCUGCUCUGCAGAUUAAUGAGUUUGUGGGUCUGCGCAUCUGUGACGAUCGCAACAUCACUGUGAGACCACCGGGCCUGAUUUGCACGGGGGAGGAGUAUCUGGAGGACCAGGGCGUGGAUUACUCCCCCUGGGGUUUGUGGCAGAACCACGUGGCUCUGGCCACCAUGACCGUCUGCUUCCUGUCCAUCGCCUACCUGAAACUGCGCUUCAUCAAGAAGUUCACCUAGACCUUCACCUCCACCACCAUCACCACCACCAUCAUCAUCAUCACCGCCUCACUCUGCCUUAUUGUUAACUUAACUGAAAACAAAACUCGUCUGGCGGCCAUGUUGGAGGGUUUCUGUGCCGCCUGUGGACUCAGAUUUACAUUUACAGUCAGAAUUAUAUUUACGUUCACACAGUGUUUUGUCAGAAAAUCAGAUGUGGAGGACGCACGCUAAACUUUGUUGUCGUUCGUACGUUCUCUGAAUUUAAAGUGGAGCAGUAUUUCCAGUUUCCCCACUGAUUCAUAUGUUAUUAUUUCUAUUUUCCACGUGCAGAGUUCAGCUCGUUGUGUUUCCUCGCCGUGGAAAUGUCUUCAAGUCUGACGUCACGUGAUUACACAGUGUUGUUGUGCCAUUGAGCAAGACACGGAGGCAGCAAACCGCAGCGCUCUGUGUUCGUGACUGUAGAGUUUAUGGAUGUAUUAUAACGAUGUAUUAUAAGAAGAUUUAAAUUUUGUAUCUGUUUGUAUCUCAGCUGAGAGUCGGAAUCAGAAUCAGGCAGAUGUUAUUGAUCCCUGCUGGGCCAAUCAGCUGAGGUCUGUGAUUCAUACGACGAUAUAAACUGUAACCAUCCACAUCUCUGCUGCUGUGUGUGUGUGUGUGUGUGUGUGUGUGUGUGUUUGUGUGUGUGUGUGUGUGUGUUGUAUUCAUUAUUGCCAAUAUUAAUAAGUUAUUGAUUAUUUCUUCACUCCUUUGCGGCACUGGAGCCUUUCAGUGGCGACAGCUCAUGAUUCAAUGAUUUUUGCACUUUUAGCUCUGAGAGCCGAGGAAGAAUUUUUGUUUGUUUGUUUGUUUGUUUCAUGAAUGAGUGAUUUUUUUUCUUUUUUUCUUCAGAAGAAUAAACUGCUGACUUUACAU